UUUUUUACUCCAUUGAUUUGAAAACAUGGCGUCGGAAGCAGAGGCGGGCAGCGCCGCUACGACGGAACCGGAAGCCGCAGACGGCGACGCUGCAUUCAGGGACGCUCCGGCCAGCAUGGACACGGAGUCCUCCAGCGGCAAAGAGGGCCCGGAGGCGGCGGGCGACGGCUCGGAGGCGGCGGACGCUCUGACGGGCUCCGGGGACGAGGACAGCGGGCGGCAGCUGGGCGAGGUGGAGCUGCAGUGCGCCCUGUGCAUGAAGUGGUUCACCGCAGACACGUUCGCCAUCGACACCGCGACGUGCCUUCCUUUCAUGACCAACUACGUGUUUCACUGCAACGUCUGCCACCACAGCGGCAACACCUACUUCCUGCGGAAACAAGCCAACCUGAAGGAGAUGUGUCUCACGGCGCUGGCCAACCUGACGUGGAGGUCCAGGACUCAAGACGAGCACCCGAAGACCAUGUUCUCCAAGGACAAGGACAUCAUCCCGUUCAUUGAUAAAUACUGGGAGUGCAUGACGACCCGCCAGAGGCCCGGGAAGCUCACCUGGCCCAACAACAUCGUGAAAACCAUGAGUAAAGAGAGAGACGUGUUCCUGGUGAAGGAGCACCCCGACCCCGGCAGCAAGGACCCAGAGGAGGAGUACCCCAAGUUCGGCCUGUUGGACCAGGACUUGGGGAACAUCGGCCCGUCGUACGACUCUCAGAAACAGAGCUCAGCAGCGCCCCCUGCUGGCGGCCCCAACGGUGGAUCUUCCUUCUCAGGUGCUUUGGCCCCCGGACCUGGUAAAGGACGAGGGGCCAAACGUAAACAACAACAACAACAAGAAGCUGCAUCAGGAACCUCGAAGAGAACCAGAAGCGACCCCCUGUUCUCGGCCCAGCGGCUGCCCCCCCACGGUUACCCCCUGGAGCAUCCGUUCAACAAGGACGGGUACCGCUACAUCCUGGCGGAGCCGGACCCCCACGCGCCCGACCCGGACAAGCUGGAGCUGGACUGCUGGGCCGGCAAGCCGAUCCCCGGAGACCUGUACCGGGCCUGCCUCUACGAGAGGGUGCUGCUGGCGCUGCACGACCGAGCGCCGCAGCUGAAGAUCUCCGACGACCGGCUGACCGUGACGGGCGAGAAGGGCUACUCCAUGGUGAGGGCCUCCCACGGCAUCCGGAGGGGCUCCUGGUUCUUCGAGGUCACCGUGGAGGAGAUGCCGCCGGACACGGCCGCCCGGCUCGGCUGGUCCCAGCCCCUCGGUAACCUUCAGGCUCCCCUGGGCUACGAUAAGUUCAGCUACUCGUGGCGCAGCAAGAAGGGGACCCGGUUCCACCAGUCCAUCGGGAGGCACUACUCCUCCGGCUUCGGCCCGGGAGACACGCUGGGCUUCUUCAUCGAGCUGCCGGACGGCACGGAGACGGCCAGAGCGCUGCCCGACACGUACAAGGACAAGGCGCUCAUCAAGUUUAAGAGCUACCUGUACUUUGAGGAGAAGGACUACGUGGACAAGGCGGAGAAGAGCCUGAAGUCCAUGAGCUCCAGUCAGAUGAUCUUCUUUAAGAACGGCGUGAGUCAGGGCGUGGCCUACGAGAACCUGUUUGAGGGGAUGUACUUUCCCGCCAUCUCCCUCUACAAGAGCUGCACGGUUUCAGUCAACUUUGGGCCACAUUUCAGACACCCCCCAAAAGACCUCAAGUACCAGCCGAUGAGUGAGAUGGGCUCCGGGGCUGUGAUCGAACACACGCUGGCGGACAUGCUGUUCCACGUGGAGACGGACGUGGACGGACGCCACAGCCCCCCGUGGGAAGGAUGAACACGCCCCCCUCCCCUUAGCCCCGCCCCCUCAGACAUUGCCCCACCUCCAGCCGGUAACGUAAACAAAGCCAGCUCGCUGCAGCCGACCCAGGGCCCGAAGCUCGCAAACACGGCGCCGCUCGGUUCAUGUGUUCACGCCCCCUCCCGCGAGCACGUCGCCACGGUAACCGUGGCACUCCCGGUCUUUAGUGCGUUCGUCUUUGACAAUUUCUUGUUAUAGUUUUAUAACGUUUGUCGGUUAUUUCCUGUUUUAUAAAUAAAUAAUGAAACAAUAAAAAUACGUGGAACAAGUUCUUUAAAUCUAGAA